AUGUGCUAUAAGGACAGCUCUUUAAUCUUUUCCGUAAUCCCGAAGGAAACCUUUCGCAACUUCUUUCUUGCAGCUUCGGUAAAAGAAAUGGACCCUGUUGUAGCGCAUGAAGAGCCGUUUCUCUCACAAGACGACAAACAUACGAUCGUCAUGUUCUGCCGUUCCGCUCUUUCGAAUGCUCUCAUCCGCGAGAAGAUCAAGGACCCACUGGAGCUGCGGCGAAUCUGUGGCACGCUGAUUCGAGAGUUCAAGAGGGAACGAGCUUUUGAAGGGAACAAGUUGUCAUCUUGUACUGUUGAUUCUCUCUCUAUGGAAAUGGGCAUAUACACUUUUCUGCAGGACCUGGUCACAUCCACAUCAAAUGCAUUCGAUAGCUCGACGUUCGAUGAAUAA